GCCAAUCAUCCUUAUGUAGAAAUUGUGUUUGCCCGCAGAUCUUGCAAGUUGGAUAUUGUACAGAAACUGUCCCGCAUAGGUUGUUUUAAAAUACACGGCAAGGAAUAAGCCUGGAAUAUGGGAUAUAGAAAAUACGUUGGUUUAGUGACUUUCGUUACUCUUGCUUUUGUCCACUUCUCACAAGCAGAUCUAUUGAAAGUAUGUGUUGAUACUGCUGCUUGUCACACUGGAGGCGAUGCUAACUCCGUUUGUGCAAAGAAAGGAGAGACAGGAGGUGAUGAUAAUGGAAACUGUAUUUGUAAUGGAACAUAUAAAGCAAAUGUAGCAGGUGAUGCUUGCAUUGUAAAAGCUCUAUUACAAACAUGCACAAACAAUGCUGCUUGUCAAAAUACACAGAGUGGGGGCGAUGCUCAUGCCGUUUGUGCCAAGGUCGGGGAAACAGGAGGUGAUGCUGAUGGAAACUGUAUUUGUAAUGGAACAUAUAAAGCAAAUAUAGCAGGUGAUGCUUGCAUUGCAAAAGCUCUAUUACAAACAUGCGCAAACAAUGCUGCUUGUCAAAAUACACAGAGUGGAGGCGAUGCUCAUGCCGUUUGUGCCAAGGUCGGGGAAACAGGAGGUGAUGCUGAUGGAAACUGUAUUUGUAAUGGAACAUAUAAAGCAAAUAUAGCAGGUGAUGCUUGCAUUGCAAAAGUUCUGUUACAAAAAUGCGCAAACAAUGCUGCUUGUCAAAAUACACAGAGUGGGGGCGAUGCUCAUGCCGUAUGUGCCAAGGAAGGGGAAACAGGAGGUGAUCCUGAUGGAAACUGUAUUUGCAAUGGAACAUAUAAAGAAAAAGCUAACGCAUGCGUUGUGAAGGCUGUUUCAGAACUUGACUGCAAGCCUGCAGAUACUGACAGUACAACCGGUGGGACAGCUGUAUGCAAAGCCGUGGAUGCUCAUGCGAAUUGUCCAGCCGGUACAAGCAAAUGUGCCUGUAAUAAUGGAUAUAAACAGGAUACAACAAAUGUCAAUACUUGUGUCAAAGUUCUUGGUGGCACGUGCAGUGGAUCUUCUAGUUGCACUGGCGCAGACAAUUCAGAAUGUUCCGCGACCUCUUCAAAGUGUGUAUGUGUAACAAAUUACAUUGAAGACUCUAGUAUUUGCAAGAAAGCACUUGGGCAAACAUGUACAAAAGCCGAAGAAUGCGUGACGAAUGCUGAUUGUGCUACAACGUGCAAAUGCUCAUCCGGAUACAUUAACACAGGAGGACUUUGUGCUCUUCCAUCGUCUGCUUCUUCGGUCUGGAUGACAACCCGUGUGGUGGUGUCUUCUCCGCUGAUAUAUGUUCUUAGAUUGAUAUAUUAGUUGUCAUAGG